UUCUGCCUCUUCAAUUUGAGCAAUGGUAGCAGUGAUGAAUGUCGACUUUGAAAGCUGUUUCAUCUUUAUGUUCUUCUGCUUAUUUUUACUCUUAUGUUACCCUCUCUUCUUCAAGAAACCAAAGGACUCACAAGGUGGCUUUAAUUUGCCUCCUAGCCCUCCUUCUCUGCCCAUCAUUGGUCAUCUACACUUGCUUCUCUCUACCUUAACCCACAAGUCCUUACAGAAACUCUCCUCCAAGUAUGGACCUCUCCUCCAUCUCCGCAUAUUCAAUGUCCCUGUAAUCUUUGUUUCCUCGGCCUCUGUGGCGUACGAGAUCUUCAGGGCACAUGAUGUGAACUUCUCUUUUCGGGGAAACCCCCCGAUCGGCGAGUCCCUCUUGGUCGGUUCUUCUGGCUUUUUCACAGCUUCUUAUGGAGACUAUUGGAAGUUCAUUAAGAAGCUAAUGGUCACGAAACUACUUGGACCUCAGGCACUAGAGCGGUCACAACGCAUCCGUGUAGAUGAGCUAGAACUGUUUUACACGAGUCUGUUUGAUAAGGCAAUGAAGAACGAGAGCGUUGAGAUUAGUAAGGAAGCAAUGAAGCUUAUUAACAAUAGCAUCUGUAAGAUGAUUAUGGGGAGGAGUUUUUCUGAGGAGAAUGGUGAGGCGGAGAGAGUUAGAGGCUUGGUGACGGAGUCAACUGCCUUGACAAAGAAGAUUUUUAUGGCAAACAUGUUGCACAGUUUUCUUAAGAAGCUCGGAAUCUCACUGUUCAAAAAGGAGAUAAUGAGUGUUUCCUGCAGAUUCAAUGAACUGCUGGAGAGGAUUCUUGAGGAACAGGGAGAGAAACUUGACGAAGAUCAAGACAUGGACAUGAUGGCCGUGAUGUUGGCAGCUUACCGGGACAAAAAUGCAGAGUGUAAGAUCACUAGGAACCACAUUAAGUCGUUGUUCGUGGAUCUUGUAGUUGCAGGCACAGACACUUCAAGACAUGCAACACAGUGGACAAUGGCAGAGAUAAUCAACAAUCCCAAGGUUCUUGAGAAGUUAAGAGAAGAAAUUGAUUCCGUUGUAGGGAGAACAAGGUUGGUUCAAGAAACAGAUCUACCAAACCUCCCUUAUUUGCAAGCGAUCGUAAAGGAAGGACUGAGAUUGUACCCGCCAGGGCCUCUCUUUGCAAGGACAUCCCGUGAAGCGUGUAGGAUCGGAGGAUUUUAUAUGCAGGAGAAGACACCACUUGUUAUCAAUGCUUAUGCUGUGAUGAGAGAUCCUGAUUUUUGGGAAGAGCCUGAUGAGUUUAAGCCAGAGAGGUUUCUAGUUCCAGGAAAAGAAGAAGAGAGAGAGCAAGCACAUAAGUACAUACCUUUUGGCAUUGGAAGGAGAGGCUGUCCUGGAUCAAAUCUAGCAUACAUCUUCGUUGGAACUGCAAUAGGAGUGAUGGUGCAGUGCUUUGACUGGAAAAUCGGAGGAGAUAAGGUUAACAUGGAAGAGGCUCGUGGAUCAUUGGUCUUGACAAUGGCUCACCCCCUUAAGUGCAUUGCUGUUGCUCGAACACCAAACCUGCAGAUUCCCAGUUCCUGAUUGGGAAAAUACCACAAAACUGAAUGCAUAUCUAUGUGGGAACUUUAGUGAUCACUAAUCAGGACAGAGUAGUGUAGCUUAAAGUAAGACUUUCAGCUUUCCAUCAUUUCACACCUGCUUCCAAAA